AUGUCUCUUCGGACACCGGUCACAUACCUUGCCCUAUCGUAUGUCUGGGGUGACGCCACUCAGCAAAUCCCAAUUCGGCUGGAAGGAGAGAACCACUGCCGAGAUCCGAAUUCUCGCCCAGUCACUAUCAGAAAGAACCUGGGCGCUUUUCUGCACUUCCUCCGAUGCAACUACGACAUGAUCCUUCGGCACAUCGGCAAAGGCAUGGAACUCCGACUGUGGGCCGACGCCAUCUGUAUUAACCAGGAAGAUCUGGAUGAGCGCACCUCGCAAGUACGUAUGAUGAAGAACAUUUUCGAAUCCGCGGAACAUGUCCUUGCGUGGCUGGGACCCGACGACGCCGACAUCGAGCCUGGCGUGCUGAAGAUGUUAGAGGUACACAAGAUCCGGCCUGGAGCCCGUGUAUGGGAUGCAGCUGAUAUGUCAAGCGAAUUAACGCAAUUCUUCCGGCAUGAACUGAACACAGACUUCGCCGGCGGGUGGAAAUCUCUACGGGCAUUCUACGACUUGGAGCAUUGGGCAAGAAUUUGGGUGCAUCAAGAAUGUUGUUUGGACGUGCCAACAACCUUCAUUUGUGCGACGCACUUGCUCCCGCGAGAGAUGCUUUUAGAUUUGUAUCAUAUACUUGAGGAAGCAGACGCUCUCGGAGUCGCUCCAAACAUUCUUCCGUCAAAUACAAGUCUCCUCUCAAUCUUCAAUGCAAUUGAAGAAAGGCACAUCUUCGCGCGAGACUCGCCCGAGUAUAGCCUCGUUCGAACAGCAUUCACCAAGCAGCACUGCGCUGCUACGGAUCCCAGGGAUAAGGUGUACGCCAUCGUGGGUCUGGCCAACGAUUGCGAGAACUCCGCGUUUCUUCAGAUCGACUAUAACCGGCCAGUUGCUGAAGUAUAUCGAGACGUAGUGCUUCACGACUUCUAUACAAACAUGUCGUUUGGCUGGCUGGCAUUUGCGGGGCCACCCGAAUCCUCCAACUUGUCCUUGCCCUCUUGGGUUCCGGAUUGGAGCUACAGGCAUUCCGGAAAUUUGCCCUUUCCGAUGGUGAAAUCGCUUGAAGAAGAUGAUGGAGCACCUAAAGACCUGUCAUAUCGAGCAAGCUCGAAUAUGGACACCGUUGAUGCUCCAAAGCGUUGGCCUCCAAGAGGCUCUGAGUUCAAGAAACAAUUUUUGCGACUUCGUGCGCAUUGCGUCGGACGUCUAGUGGAACAACGUCCGUUGCCCGUUGCAGAAGCCGGUCGAUGUGCUCUUGAUGAGCUGCCGUACAGGAACGGCAGUGGAGCUUAUACUCCCUCAUCCGAAAGCUUUUGCGAAGCGUUUCUGCGAACAAUCACAGCCGAUGUCUUGAUUGAGAAUGGCUAUCUCGAAGAGCAUUUGUCUCAUCUCGAGCCUGGAGCUGAUCUGGUAGGGAUAGUACAGUCCGCUUCCCCCACGGAAAGUGAGCGUCGCCGCAGGGAUGCAUACGAGAGCCUGUAUUCUGCAACUUACAAGCGGUCUCUCGUCUUUACCGACACCGGCUACAUGGGAUUGGCCCCCGAAUACGCCCAAACGGAGGACACGAUCUGGAUGUUUCUCGGUGCUCCAGUGUUCUACGUCCUCCGGGAGACGGGGACGCGGACGAAUCCUUGGGAGGAACCUGAAUAUACCUUCAUCGGGGAAGCGUAUAUCCACGGCCUCAUGGAUGGAGAAGCACUGGCGGUAGUAGAAGUUGACCGCGCACAGCUUCAACAGAUCGUGGUGAGGUGAAGGCAGUGGCGAAUUGGGUUCAAAAAGCGCGGGGGAUGCUGUCGACUGGGUGGGAAAGGAAAUGAACGUCAUAGCACCUGUUUUGAGCCAGAUUGGGAG